GCCAGCAGCGUAAACUACCUACAAAGUUUUAUAUUAAAUACCAAAUACAGAAAAUGUUUAAAAAACACUUAUCACAACUCAUCUGCCUUACGCUAACAAUAUUUCAUCGCUAUGCCUUAGCAAGUUAUGCUAGCUUUCCGAGCGUUUUCAACUCGCCAUCGCAUGGUCCAGCUUUUGCCGCACCUUUACCCUGUGAUUCACCUCCACCGCUAGAGACUUAUGGCGCCGCUAACCCGUUUGUGUUUGCUGCUCAUCCUGUCAGUUACGCUUCGUCGGUACCACAAUUUCAUUAUGCUGCUCCUGUUGCACCUUCAUAUGUAAAAUAUGGCACAGAACCGCGUGUAAAGGUUACAACUGGACUGCCUGUAACAACAACUUAUACCACAGCUGUGGGCUUUGCGGCGCCGCCGCCGCCAGUGCACAAUAUCGGAUCCCCACUGGCUUUCGCAUAUGCCGCCGCAGCGCCGGUAACAUUUGGCGCAUCAAAUGUGAAUUAUGGCAGCGGAGUGGCAUAUGCAGCAUCACCGCCUUUCCUCGGCUCAGCAACGUACGCCGCUCCUUCUUAUCUAGGCGCAACGCCACAUGGGAAGAAAUUUCAUGCGCCUUUGCCAGUGACAGGAUACUCAUACACCCAGAGUGCACCAAAUGGAAUUUGGUGAGAGAGAAGCAGGGUGUGUCAUGCGA